ACACCUCAUGAAUAUGGUCUCCUUAUGGCGCUAUCCACCUCAGCCUGAGCUUAUAGAGACAAACACUGGCCUUCCAUCACCCAAAUUCUUCCAACUCCAUCCCUUUUUCAUUUGGAAACCUGAGCACAGUAUAAUGGAAAGGCUUAGGAACAAUUACAUCCUGCCUUGUCUUUACAGAUGUCAAAAUCCAAAUGUUGUGUCCUCUGGUGUGGGAAGACCCAGAGUGAUCCUUGGUAUUACUGGGCAAUUUUACAUCCUUGCUUGACGUCUGUGUUGUAAGGCAUGCAAAAGAUACUGGUUUGCUGAUAAACCUCAGUGGCUGGACAUUCUAGCACAGCGAUUCAGAAACAUCUUGUCAGCCUUCCUCACCCAUAAGAAGGCAAUCUGUAAAACAGUGAUGGAUGAACUGAGGCGCUCUGGAAAAUCCCCUAAUGGCAUGGCCAACCAGCUGUCUGAGGUGCUUCACCUUAAAUUUGAAAGAGCACAUCUGGCUUACCUUCUCAGUGUGCAGAAUGUCAGGGAUGCUGAAGCAGGGCUGUAUGGUCAGAAAACCAUCACUGGGGCACUGAGGAAGGAUGACACACCUGCACCGUUUGGGGAUUACGGAGACACUGAUGGGUGGAAUGGGGUGUCUGUCUCUGCACACUAUUUAAUAGAGUGCCUCCUUCAUGAAUAUCAGCGGCAGGAAGCAGCUCUCACUCAGCUCCUACAAGGAACUUUUGGACAGGUGUUCAGGUCAGAUCACACACGCAAAGUUGCUAGAAAAGUGACCCUCUUAUCUGGCACAAUGUCAUCCUAUGCUGUGAUGAACGAGAACUGGAUGAUUCUGUUCUGGGUGAUGCUGCAGAGUGAAAGUGGGCAGUCAUUGGAGUCAAUGUACUGUGGGCUAUCCAAUCGCUACAGUGUUGCUGGUAUUCCCAAGGCCAAGUACCAGUGGGUGGACAGGGACUGCUGUGCCGCUUUCAGAGUGAUGGACCCAGGACCUUAUGAGCACCAGCAGUGGGAAGCCUGGAGGACCACAGAAGCUACUGUGGCAGAGGUUACAUCAGGAAACCUCAAGAAUUUACAUGCCGCUUGCAGGAAGUUCAACGAGGACAUGGUUGUUAAACUGGACUUGUGUCACUGUAUGCGGCGGUUCACCAGGGAGUGUGUUUCGGAGCACCAUCCUCUGUAUGGCUCUUUCUGCCAGUUCCUCUCUUCUGCCUUCUCUGUAGUUGAUCAGGGUGACCUGGAGAAACUGAAGAACGCAUACAGAUUCUGUGGUAUCGAGCCUGCUAAUCCCACCAAGCUGCACAUCAGAGAGCAUUGUAGGACAAAAGUGCCACAUCCCAGAGAGCUGGUUCAAAGGGUGGAAGAAGUGUUACACCAUUUCUAUCUGGCAAAGGAUCCCAACAACAUCUUCCUUUUCAAACCCACAAUGUUAAAAUUAUGGUGGAUUCAGCGUAUCCACAUCCUUAGAGGCUGCCUGAGUGAUCCUGAGGUGGAGGAAGGAAUCCUCUACAUAUAUGGUGGAACCCUACAGCUGAAUCAUGUCAAGGGUGAUGGAGCUGCUGUGCCCAUUUGGAUCCCUGUGAGAGGCACUUCACAGCAGGAGGGGUUUCAUUUCCACCAGGCUCAGUGGGUAACGGGCAAUUGUGUCUCUCCUGAGUUGUUCCAGGCACAGGGUAUGACUGGUGUGGCACGCUGGAAUUAUCAGCGGCUGGUGGACCUGAAGCAGCCUGGGGUUGUCUUACCUGGAGUGUUUGACCCUGUUUUGAUGAUAGAGUUAAAUAGGGCAUCUAUAAGUGUGACAGGGCAACCCAAAUAUCCAGCCUUGCACAUCUCCAGCAGGGACACAGGAGAGAGGUUUGGCCUGCAAUAUGUGGAGCCAGGUUGUCGACCUGUGCCUCUUGACUUUGACAAGCACAAAAGCAGGAAGACAGACCUAGGAGAUGUGGAGAUGCAAGAGGAGUCUUCAUCUGGCGUUCCGUUCUCAUUCCCAUCUCAGGAAUGCUUAAAGGAUACCUCUUCUGCUGAGACCCCUCUUGCUGCAGAACCAGAGGCUACCUCACAGGCUGUCAUUUUUCACCAGUUUCCUACACCAAGUGCUGUGACAGUGAAGGAACAAACAUCAGAGGAGUGUCUUUUAGUUGGAGAACUCCCAAGCACAUCACCACUGCCUGUAGCUGCUUCUCCCUGUGCUGCUCGCACUGGACCUAUUAAGACCGGUGGGCGAGUUUUUGUGUUAAACCAUAAUAGAUGGACGGAUCCAAUGAGAAAUAUCAUUGAUGGUUGCAGUUAUGGCAGCGUCUUCACUCAGCCAGUGAAACAAUCAGUGUCCCAGUGAAAGUACUGGCACCUGCCCCAGUCAAUCCACCUGCAAAGGCUGUUCCUGAGGCUGUCCCUCUGGACCAGACAGCAUUCGAGAAGAUGGUGAAGGACAUCAUAGAGAAGCAGCAGGCAGUUCAGCAGCAACAACAAUUGCAGGUGCUGCAAAAAAAGCAAACCAGAUCCUGUUUAGCCUGUGGCCAGCCUAAGUCUCGAUACAUGGGUGAUGGCUCCUCAAUACAUUUCUUCUAUCAAGGUAGUGAUGUUAAAUACUUCUACUGCUCCAAGAAAGUAUUUGACACACAAGCCCCUUUCACACUGCACGUCGGACCCGCAAUAUUCCCGUAACAUUGCCUGGUCCUCUUCUGUGUGAAAGCAACCACGUCCCGGAAUUGAUUACCGAAUUGAACCCGGGUCGGGGACCUAGUAACAUUGCGGUAAUCGAUCCGGAACGAGCGCUGUGUGAACAAAAGCCAGAUCUAAUUCCGUAUCGAAGUGAUGACGCGCGUUAUCGCGCGACUCUUUUACCGGCUGUUUUGAAGGAAGAUCAACAUUCGCGACGAAAACAUAUGUGCAAACUGUAAUGAAGCAGAGAUCAGUUAGUUCCUCACUUUCCGCGCUGACGCCGAGAUCGUUUGCUUGCUUCAGUUAAAGUAUAACGUGCCAACCGUUGUCGACUCGUACAUUACACGUCACGCGCUGAUGUCACGUGUCGUUACGGGAUCUUCUAGGGUUGUGUGUGAAAGCACGCACAUAUACCGGGUCUUCACUGGCAGUGUGAAAGUGCCAAAUCUAGCGACCAGGAAACAAUUACAGGAACACUUUACCCCUGUAUUUGACGGAAUGGCAGUGUGAAAGGGGCUAUAUUCAGCAGAGGGCCUGACCAACCCCAGAAUGCCUUUUGAAGAUUUUGCAGAGACUCCUUUUUUUUCAGCGGGAACUGGAGGCCUCUAAGCAGAGAGGGACAGAAAGGAAGAGGGUCACUGAUGAGAGAAGCAAGCGGAAGUCAGCAGUGGAGCAUCCUACUGGUCGUCUGUGCAGAUUCUGCCACCUGCCACUGAAACAAGGACCCAACAGUCCUCAUAUUCACACUAGUUUACCUGGAGUGGCAGGCAAAUACAUUUACUGUCCUGCUAAAGUGUUUUCUCUUUAUCAGGCUCAGGGAAUGAGAGCAGAAAUGCCAUGGAGAGACUUUCAGCAGUCUCCAUUCUAUGAGACUGAGAAGCAGAGGUGGAUAAACGAAAAAAAAAAAAUGACUUCACUGUGCUACAAAACAAUAUUUGAGAUCUGGGCAUGUCAUUUGCCAAAGACAUUCUUGCACAAGGUUAUGUAAAUAACCUUGUACAUUUUUUUUUUUUAAUUAUUUCAUUUAUUUCCAUUUGUUCAUUAAAGCACAGAAAGGAUUCUUUUAUUCUAUUGCAUUGUAUUUUAGUGAGGUUUUAUUUUGUUGACUUGCAUUGUUAAUAACUGUUAUAACUAAACUGUCUACAUAAUUAUUUAAUUUUAAAAAUAUUUUUUUUCUUGUUUU